CUUGGUUUAAGCUCUGCGCAUGACUGCUCAUCUGCCUCAGUGGCGUCUUAUCAGCCCGCCGGGAGCUUCUCGUUCUUGGUGGAAUCGUGCUCGCACUACAGAGGGAGAGACUCACAUCAACAUGAGCUUUUCCAUUGAGGAGAGGGGCAGGCCAAACACCAAGGAGUUCAGGGUGUUCUUCAAAAACUCAGAGGGGAAAUUCAUCUCUCCUUUUCAUGACAUACCCAUCUAUGCAAAUGAAGCAGAGAAUAUUUUCCACGCCGUUGUGGAAGUUCCAAGAUGGACAAAUGCAAAAAUGGAGAUUGCCACCAAAGACCCUCUCAAUCCACUGAAACAAGAUGUGAAGAAGGAGAGCCUUCGUUAUGUGGCCAAUGUGUUUCCCCAUAAAGGUUAUAUUUGGAAUUAUGGAGCCAUUCCACAGACGUGGGAGGACCCCCACCACCAGGACAGUGACACAGGAUGUGUUGGAGACAACGAUCCCAUCGAUAUUUGUGACAUAGGAAACAAGGUGUGCUCUCGAGGAGAAGUCAUCAAAGUGAAGGUGUUGGGGACUCUGGCUCUGAUUGAUGAGGGGGAAACAGACUGGAAGGUCAUCGUAAUCAAUACUGAGGACCCAGAAGCCGGAGAUUUUCACAAUAUUGAUGAUGUGAGGCGGCUGAAGCCGGGGUAUCUGGAGGCAACUGUUGAUUGGUUCAGAAGAUACAAAGUUCCUGAUGGAAAACCUGAAAACCAGUUUGCUUUUAAUGGGGAGUUCAAAGACAGGGAUUUUGCCAUAAAGACAGUAAAGAGCACACAUGAGUUUUGGAAAGUACUGAUAUCUAAGCAAACCAGCGCUGGCGAGUUAAACUGCAUGAACACUGGAGUCUCAAACAGCCCAUUUUGCUGCUCCUUUGCAGAAGCAGAGACUGUGGUUAAAUCUGCAUGUGCCUCUGGACCUGAAGAUCCUAUUCCAAGUUCAGUUGACAGAUGGUUUUACUAUGAAAAGUGAGGUUCCAAACCUGAUUUCUGGACUCAUAAUGAAGCUCUAGGUUCAUGUGAAAGCAGUCUUGUGCUUUUUGUAGUGUCUCUUCGGAUUUGUUAACAAGCAAAGCAAAUAUACAACAUUAAAAAAUUACCACAAUGCAUUUCAGCACUGUCUGUUGUUUUUAUUUUAUAAGACUUUUUUUUUUAAAGUUUUUAUUUCUUUACAGUUUAAACAUUGCUAUAGAAGGGGGAGGGCUGUUUAGCAAUUUCAUUUAAAUGUGGACACAAAAACACAGGAAACAAUAAUGUGCAACCGAUUUGAAAAUGAUUUUAAAACAAACAUUGAAAAUGUUAUUUUAGGAUAUUGAAUUGCAAAAUGCAUUUUCAUUUGAAUUAUAGGACAAAAACCCACAUCACUAUUUAAAUUCAAUUGAAUUAGCAAUUAAUUAAUGCAAUUACAUUUAAAAAUGUCUUUUUAAAAGUGAAAGAUUGAAUUAUAACUUUUGCAGUUACAUUGAAAAUGCAUUUUCAAACUGCACCAUCAUAUUGCAAAUUGUAUUGUCAAUUGAGAAACAAAUAUCACUUUGAAUUAUGGGUGAAAAAAAACUAUAUAUUCCAUCAAAGGAAAGCAACUUAAAAAAAUGAAAAAAAAA